AGGAUGGGACUUAUUCUUGCAGACAUUUCCAAUGGAGCUGAGAACAUUCCUGUAUCACUUGUCAAUGAAGUUGAUAAUGUGAAGGCGCCUACUUAUUUCAAUUAUUUCCAUUCUCUUAGACACCCUAAAUCAUUCAGUUUGAUGCAGCCUUCAAAUGGAUGCACCUGUACUAAAUCAUGUGUUCCUGGUGAUUUGAACUGCUCUUGCAUUAGGAGAAAUGAAGGUGAUUUCCCUUAUAUUGGAAAAGGUGUUCUGGUGAGCCGGAUGCAAUUGGUUCAUGAAUGUGGCCCUACAUGUCAGUGUUUUCCUAACUGCAAAAAUAGAGUAUCCCAAACCGGUUUAAUGCACCCCAUGGAAGUGUUCAAAACGAAGGAUAGAGGGUGGGGUCUUCGGUCUCUGGAUCCUAUUCGCUCUGGUACCUUCGUUUGUGAAUAUGCUGGAGAAGUUGUUGAUAGGGCCAAAGUAAGUCAGCUUGUGAGUGAAGGAAAUGAGUAUGUUUUUGAUUCAACCCGGAUUUAUGGUCAAUUCAAGUGGAAUUAUGAGCCUAAGCUUUUGGAAGAAGUCAAUCCCAAUGAAUCUAGUGAGCAUUAUGCCAUGCCGUAUCCUUUGACCAUAAGUGCCAAGAAUUUUGGGAAUGUGGCUAGAUUCAUGAAUCAUAGUUGCUCCCCAAAUGUUUUUUGGCAGCCUGUGGUAUAUGAAGAAAACAACCAAUCGUACGUCCAUGUUGCCUUCUUUGCUCUCAGACACAUUCCACCAAUGACAGAGUUAACAUAUGACUAUGGAGUUGCCCGAUCUGAUCAUGCUGAGGGUAUCCGUGCAGUCAAAGGGAGAAAGAAAUGUUUAUGCCGAUCAUCGAAAUGCCGAGGUUCUUAUGGUUAAAGUCGCUCAAGAACAGCAUGGUAACAGAGGAUGAUGUUAUGUUGGGAGCCACUUUAGGAGUUCGAGUUUAGUGAAUGUGUGGUUCUAAAUCAAGUGUAAGUGUGUUUGACUAUAAAAAAUGUGACUCUCUGGACCUGGCCUUCUUUUGGAUCCAAUAAUAUCAUGAAUUAUCGGUUAUUUGUAAUGUUAAAGUUGGAAAUGGCCAUGAUGCUCCAGACAAGUAUAUAACUAGCUAUGAAUUCACUUGUUUAUCCCUGCCUUUUUCCUUUGGAUGUGGGUAUGUUUUGUUGUUAGUUAUGUAUAAGAAGAUUAGAAUUUUCUUCUUCAUUUUUUAUUGUAGAAGUAAUGGCAUGGAUUAUAUCCUAUGCUAAUUGCAUUUGUAUGAAAUCAUCUUCCUCUAGUUAUUUUAUUUAUUAAUUAUUAGGGACAGCUUGAUAUCUGC